AUGGCACUCGCCAAGCUACGUGGAAAGAAGCUUGGCCGCGUCAUUGGCUUGAUCGGUGCCGUCGGUUUUAUUCUCCAGGGUUAUGAUCAAGCCGUGGCUAAUGGUCUCUUGACUCUGGCUUCUUUUAUUCAUCAGUUUCCAGAAACUGAUACUCUGUAUACAAGUGGUGCACAGAAAUCGCAUAAUUCUAUAAUCCAAGGUACAACCGUCGCCAUCUAUGAAGUCGGUUGUGCGCUCGGUGCAUUCGCUUGUGGUUUCGUUGGAGAUAGACUCGGUCGCAGGAAGACAAUCUUCGUAGCAGGAUGUAUCGCUAUUAUUGGAGUCAUCAUUCAAGCAACGCCCUUCACACUCGGCCAGCUUAUCGCGGGUAGAGUUAUUACUGGUCUCGGUGUGGGUGGUUUCACCGCAACUAUCCCGAUGUACGUUUCGGAAUCCUCGCCCGCCGAAGGCCGUGGACGAAUGGUCUUGCUACAAGGCUGGUUCGCCAUCGGCGGUGUAGCUCUCGCUACAUGGAUGGAUUUCGGUCUGUACUAUGCGGGUAGCAACUCAGCUAGCUGGCGUUUCCCGAUCGCAUUCCAGUCCAUCUUUGCCCUUUUCGUCAUCUCAUGCAUCCUCUUCCUUCCUGAAUCACCGCGUUGGCUUGCCAAGGUGGGCCGUGUCGAGGAAGCAGCAGAGGUUCUGGCACGAUUGGAAGAUGUCUCCGUCGAUUCCGAGCAAGUUGCCCAGGAACUGGAAAUUAUCCGUCAGUCCCUUGCUGAGGGCGAGCAAGAUGAAUCCUCCGCUUCGUCCUCUCCAUGGGCGCGCACUAAAAACCGUCAUCUCCAGCGCACUAUUAUUGCGAUCGCUGUGAACAUCUUCGCCCAGAUGACCGGUGUCAAUAUUAUUACAUUCUACUCGGACACAAUUCUCGAGAGCUAUCUUGGAUACUCUGGUACUAUUGCCCGAAUCGUUUCAGGAUGUCUGCAGAUCUGGCAAUUCUUCGCUGCUGGUCUUGCCGUCCUCCUGAUCGAUCGCUUCGGUCGUCGUCCUCUUCUCAUCACAGCCGCCAUCGGCAUGACAAUCGCACAAACCUGUCUUGCCGGUCUAUCUAGUGAUCUGAGUAACAAGGGUGCAGCAGGUGCAUCGAUCGCAUUCUACUUCCUUGCACUAUUCUGCUUCCCCAUCGGCUUGUUCCUUGUUCCCUUUAUGUAUGCGGCUGAGAUUGCACCUUUACGCACUCGUGCAAAGGUUACUGCCAUGUCUGCUGCAUCCAACUGGAUCUUCAACUUUGUUGUCGCCGAGGCAUCUGAUACUGGUUUUGCGACCAUCGGAUACAAGUACUAUAUUAUUUAUGCAUGCAUUAGUGCUAUGGCCCUUCUCUUUUUCUACUUCUUCUGUCCUGAGACGAAGGGUCGAACUUUGGAAGAGAUUGAUGAGAUUUUCGUCAACUCGACCUCGUUCUUUGAUACAGUCAAGAUUGCUAAUGAGACACCAUUCCAAUCUGAGCUCCUAGCCUUUGCGGAGGAUCCUGAGAAGAUUGCGCACGCUGAACGCAUUGAAAAUGUGGCAUCUUAG